AGCGAUUGGGUUGGACCCAUACUAUAGCACUUACGGUGGAAAGACAACAAAAUGGUUGCAUCGUUCUAAUGACCGUCCAAAUCUCCAUUACUGCAUCCACCAAAUGCAAUACAGCAAAGAUUCCUGUAAUGACUUAGGAUUCCUCAUCCCGCUAGGCCUACAAGAGUCUGAUCCUCCUCCAAUCCCAUUUCUCGUGUACUGCGAGUCCCGGGCUGAUGCUGAGCGCAGCGCCAACUUCCUGAGGUUGUGAGUGUGUGCACCCCUCAAAGAUAGAAUCGUCUGGGUGCAUUCUGGGAUGUCAGACGGUCAUAAGUUGAUGGUAGUCAAGUUAUUUAAGGAAGGGAACCUCAUUGGACUUACAAGCAUGGAAUCAUUGGGACUGGGCCAUGACCUAGCAAAUGUGACCCGUUUGGUUCAGUUUGGGCCACCAGACAAUUUAAACACAUUAACUCAGCGCUUUGGGAGAGCUGCUCGGAGUCCGGAUAUUUCAGCAAUCGUUGUUCUUCUUGCACCAAAAGACUAUUUUGAAGAGACACGUCGCCAGCGAGAGGAGAGGGCACGAAAGACGGCAGACAACAAGAAACGGAAAGCUGAU